AUGCCGUUUAAGUCGGUCAAGGAUCCCAAGGGCAAAGAAAAAGAUCGUGGUGAUGCCAGUCCGGAAUCACCAGCGUCUGCCAAGUGCCCGCGACUCCCUAUUGUGGUGGAAAGUUAUGUGACCGACCCUCAAGCAUCGCCCAACAAAGCCGUCGAUCCCUCCGCCUCCUCCGUGCCAACUAGUCCUGGUGUUGAAUUUCUCCUGACCCCUCAUGGUUACCGUUUGCCCCCAAUGACCCCAAGGCCUACAGACGCUGGCCUCACGAUUGAAUCUGUCUCUAAGGAGAAGAAAUGA